CACCCCACCACCCCCUCCCCCGGGUCUAAAAAAUCCAGAGCCUUCCCCCAUCCCACCCACCAUCCCAAUCCGACCAAACCCUAGGAAAUCUGCCGGCCAUGGCGAUGUCGGAUCUCGCGGCCGCGGUGAUCUCCAAGGCCAACGGCGGCGUGGACGGCGAGGAGCCGGUGGAGAUCCGGGAGGUGUGGGCGGACAACCUGGAGGCGGAGUUCGCGCUGAUCCGCGACGUCGUCGACGAGUUCCCCUUCGUCGCCAUGGACACCGAGUUCCCGGGCAUCGUCUGCCGCCCCGUCGGCGCCUUCCGCUCCCCGGCCGACUACAACUACGCCACCCUCAAGGCCAACGUCGACAUGCUGCACCUCAUCCAGCUGGGGCUCACCUUCUCGGGCCCCACGGGCGAGCUUCCUGCCCUCGGCGCCGGACGCCGCCGAUGCGUCUGGCAGUUCAACUUCCGGGAGUUCGACGACGAGCGCGACAUCUUCGCCACCGACUCCAUCGAGCUGCUCCGCCACAGCGGCAUCGACUUCCGCCGCAACGCCGAGCGCGGCGUCGACGCCCGCCGAUUUGCGGAGCUGCUCAUGUCCUCGGGCGUUGUGCUCAACGACGCCGUCUACUGGGUGACCUUCCACGCGGGAUACGACUUCGGCUACCUGCUCAAAAUCCUCACCUGUAACAGCCUCCCAGACACACAGGCUGGGUUCUUCAAGCUGAUGAAGAUAUAUUUCCCCACCGUCUAUGACAUCAAGCAUCUCAUGAAGUUCUGCAACAGCCUGCACGGCGGGCUGAACAAGCUCGCCGAGUUGCUCGAUGUGGAGCGUGUUGGAGAGUCACAUCAGGCCGGGUCCGAUAGCCUGGUCACGUCUUGUGCGUUCUGGAAACUCAAGGAUUCCUUCUUUGCUGGAUCAACCGAGAAAUAUGCAGGCGUGCUGUAUGGGCUCAACGCAGAGAAUGGUGUCAGUGCACAUUGAUGGAUGAUGCUCCCUUCGAAUAGCUCUGUGAAUGGGUUGAUUUAGGACAGAAAGAGGUGGUGAGUGAGCUAGCAGGCAAAAUGAUGCCAACUUUGUAGGUUGAGCUUGUCUCACUCAAUUAGUCAAUUCCAUUUUGUUGGAUGUAAUUUGAACGUAGUGUUUUUCAGUUGUUUCCAUUGAACUAGUGUUUUCUGCUUAUGCUGUUAGCUUUCUCUUGCAUAUUACUUAAAUAGAAAAGUAUCACCUCUA